AAAAAUAAAGUUUAGAUUAUUUACCAUACCCAUAGUAGUAGUAGCAUGCCCGUUUUCAAUUUUAGGGUUAGAAAAUUAGGAUUCUUUCCAAUUAAGUGAAGAUCCCAAUUCACAAUCGUAUCGCGUACCCAUUUUCUCUAUAAAAUCAACAUUCUUCACCCCCAAAUUCCAUUGACCUAUUUUCUUUCUCUCUAUUUUCUUUCUCUCUGUUUUUUCCCUAUCUCUGAGAAACCAUGGCAGAAGAACAAAUUUCAUCAGAGAUUAACAAACUCUCUCUCUCCGAAACUAAAAUCUCACUCGUAACCGCCGACGAGGUCGUUUUCAAAAUCGAACCAGCAAUCGCAAAAGAUAUGGAAACGGUUCAAUCGUUCAUCGAAGAAACCGACGGAAAAAUCACAACGAUUCCUCUUCCCAAUGUAUUCAGUCAUGAUCUUCCUUUAAUCAUCGAUUACUGUGAGAAGAACAUUGCUGGAAAGAUCACGAAGGAAUUCGAAACUCAAUUCGUGAAAAAUCUGAACAAUGAACAGGUCAAAGAUCUUUUCCUUGCUGCUAAUUACUUGAAUAUCACGAAACUUCUUGAUUUUCUGAGUCAGGUUAUUGCUGAUCGAAUUGCGAAUAAGAGUGUGGAGUAUGUGAGAAAGUAUUUUGGGAUUGAGAAUGAUUUUUCGCCGGAGGAAGAGGCUAAGCUUCGGGAAGAGCUUGCUUGGACUUUUACAGGUGUUGACGAAGAUGAAGAUGAGAAUUGAGUGUUUUUGUUGUUCAAAUUGUUAUCAAUUGAAAUUAUAGAUGUAAUUUUUGCCCUAAUAAUAAUAAUAAUAUACAGUUUGAGUUUGUUUUUGUUA